UCGAUUGUAAUCCGUGGCUCAAGAGUGAGGAUAGGGUCUGAUACCGGCCGCGACGGGCCAUCCGAGGAGCUUGAGAUCAUCCGACGUGCACGCCGAUACGUCACCUCCGCACCGAGAGAAUCCCACUCCGGCUCCCCAAUUCGCAAUCCCUCUACAUGCGUCACCCGGUGCAAAUUGGACAUGACAGUGGGGAACAUGUACAUCUUCUUGAAGUCCCGGACAAGGUCAGUCUCCUCAUUCUACCUAUUUUUCAGGCCAGCUACGAGCCCAGUGAAUAAGUCUAGAGGUAAGCAUCGCCCGUCACACAGAGCCAAGACCUUGUUAGGGUUAGACCCGGAGACCAGCAGACCGGCCAAGCACUCAACCAACAACGCGAUCAACAAUCAAAAGCCAGCCUUUGCUUUUUCGAAUACAUGGAAGCACCAUGGCCUCGGGCGAGACAACCUCAACACCAAAACAAAUCUCGAGAGCCCGACAGAGGAACCCGGGUACAUAUACUACGCUGCUACGGCACAUAGCAUCAUUGGCAGGUACCAGAGCUACUUUCACGGUAUUCACGAUUACGCUUUGGGCAAAGUCAGGGCUUGCAAGAUCUGCCCGGGGACGGAUGCUACCUACCUAUCCGCAUCACAACGUCGUUCGACCCUUUGGACUGGACGGCAGAUGGUCAAUGCGACAAAGCUGCGAUGCCGUGCUUGCCAGCUCUGGUUCCUCGACGGGGUGUCCUUGCGGGAUGUCAGCCUGGCAAACUCGAGGCUUGAGCUAGUUCGGCAGCCAUCAAUUGUACACUACGCUACCCAGCCCGGCCUUGAUAUUAUCGAACCAGAUGAACUCGAGCCAAUGGCCUCGCUUGCUUUUUCAGCAUGA